GCCCUAGUAAUUAGUAAUACCCUGGGAAGUCAGCAGCAGCACCUUGCGGCAGUUUAGUGCGAUUCCUCGCCGCCUCGAAUGCCCGCAUCUUCCCCAACGAUAGCACCAUGAAGCCGCUAGGCUACUGGCUGCUGCUGGUGGCGUUUGCCCGCUUCUCCUCUGUCUACUUUGGUUACUUCAACAUCUGGGCGUUGCAAGUCGCAGUCUACUCCAAACGCACUAUGUCUGACGUGCACGGUCGCACCUUCGCUGCUUGGACGGCUGUCACCUGCACGCUCUGCAUCCUCUGUGCUCUGCACCUCGAGAGCCGCCCGCUAUUCCUCGCCACGUUUGCAUCCUUCGUCAUUGCCCUCGUGCACUUCCUGCUCGAGCUGCUGGUCUACAAGACCAUGACUGUCAAGAACUUCGCAGCACCGUGCUUCUUUGCUUCCGUGUCUGCCUUGUGGAUGUAUUCGGAAUUGGGAAAAUUGAGCGAUGAUGAUGAUUGAGUGGUGUAGUUUGUAGUGAUGAUAAAUGUAGGAGUGAGUUUUAUGUAGAUACAUUUUUCACAUGAAUCAAGUGUUACUCAUUGUGGUGUGCCUUUAUCCUGUUAGCGCGUUUCCUUUUCCUGCGGUUAUUCGAUUCCCAGUGGAGAUACCCUGCAGAAGAAUUAUCCGCUCAAAGGGCAUCCUUGACAAAUCCUACACGCUUCCCCCUAACCCUAGUACUGUUGUACCCACCCACAACGUUCACCUAGGCAGUUCGGCCUAGGAAAGCCUUGCUGCUGUUGUCCCUCAGACGCCUGCCACCCUCCGGGUGCAGAGCGUGUCAUGUGUGGCGUAUAGGCAGGGCGGUAGGGGAGUAAGCCCCUCGUUCGGGGGAGAGGAGUCGGUACAAUCGGGGGAAGAACCUUAGUGGUUCAAAGUUAAGACUCGUACCUACCUCGCCCAACGUCCAUGGAAUCUUCUACGCCAGCUGUGGAGGCUUUCGCGAGCGAGGUGGAAGGGGUUGAGAAGAAAUUGGAGAAUCUUUCCGUUGACGCUGAGGACGCCUGUGCUCUUUCCGCGAGUACCCUAAUCAAGGACGACAGUAACGUGUGUGCAAUUUGCCACGAAGGCAUCAUUCUUCAGGAGACGGGCUUCGUCAAGGGAUGCGAUCACUCAUACUGUAUCAACUGCAUUCUUCAGUGGGCUUCGUACAAGACCUAUCCUUGGUGUCCUCAGUGUCGCUUGCCAUUCUCAUCGCUUUACCUGUACAAAAAUCUGGAUGGCAGUGUGAGUGAUUUCAUGCUCGAAGAAACAGUGUGCCUGCUUCUCCGUGCUCCCUGGUACACGCCAGUGGAAUUCGCAUACGAAAAUGAGAUCGAACAUCCUCCUGAGUUGGAAGAUUAUGAAGAAGACGAGGAAGACUAUUACCAGAACACGUUGCGCAUUGGCAACAGGCGAUGGGGUGAGAAUGGUUAUGUGCGCCGGGGGCGCAUAGAGGCCCGUCCUGCCCCUACCCGCCCCCCUGGUGCUGCUCAGAAGGGUUCCAAUUCCAAGGAGGGGGCCUGGGACGCAGAGCGAAGCGGGCUCAGAAGAGGAUGAUGGACGAUGCCGGAACUUCUGGCUCAGGUAGCCGCACGUCUUCCCGCACCUGAAGAAUUGUGGCGUUGCAGAGUUCUGUGAGAAUUGCAGGGAUCUUGUACAGGCCGUUCUUCAGUUGCUUCUUCUCAGCUCUUCUGUCGACCUGAAGCAACUCGUUUGUUUGCACAUACAAUCAUAGCAAUAGGAUGAUUGCUGAGUGACAUUGCCAUUUGUUCAUUGCACGGUGAGGUCAAGGUCCAAGGAGUUGGAUUGAUUGUGGUCAUUAUGUGGGCAUUGUGUGCCUUGGUUGUAGGUUAUAUAUAUAAUUUUGAUUUGUGGCAUGUA